UCGUUGGUUACGGUCAAAUAAUUACUACUGUAUUUAUGAUGUGCAGUAACAAUAUAUUUAACUACCAGCUGUUAGAAAUACUUAAAAAUGAAAAAAUCAGAACGGUUUACAAAGCAAAAGAUUUAAACAAUAAAUGUUUGGCUAUUUUAAAAAUUUCUGCAGAUCAGUCAAUGGAAAAGCUUACACUUUUGUGCAAUGAAGUUUUAACCAUUCGUCGGCUAAAACAUAGAAAUAUAAAUAACAUCGUCAGUUGCUUUUUGUACAAGCAGAAUGUUUAUCUGACUUACAAUUUUAUGUGUUUUGGAGAUUGUGAAAUGCUGCUUAAAAACGUGUAUACUUCUGGUUUUCCGGAGGUUGUAAUUGCACUCAUUUUGAAGGAUGUCUUAUCAGCGCUUACCUAUAUUCACCAUGAGCAUUAUAUUCAUGGAUCUAUGAGGGCUAAGUACAUACUUUUAAGCCCCAAAAAAGCUGUUAUAUCAAAUUUUAGCUACUGUCAAAGUUUUAUUAGUCAAGGAGAAAAAAAGAAAUUUAUAUAUGGAUCAACGGUGGGAAUAGAAAAAGCGUUGUAUUGGACAGCUCCAGAAGUUUUAUAUCAAAACCUUUCUGGUUACACUGAAAAAAUAGAUAUUUAUUCCAUCGGAAUUACUUGUUGUGAACUGGCAAACGGGUUUCAACCCUUCAAAGACACAGAAUUAACAUACAUGUAUAUUGAAAAAGUACGUGGAAGUCCGCACUUGCUACUAGAUAAAAACAGCUUAUUGGAAAAUCAAGGAUCUCUAUCAACGAAUCACAAAAUUAAACGAAUUGCUCGUGAUGUAAUUGUAAACAAAUCAUUUUCGGAAGACUUUCAUCAAUUCGUUGAAAUCUGCUUGAAUAAAAACCCUUUGUCUCGAUGGUCUGCGUCAAAAUUAAUGACACACUCGUUUCUUAAGCAAUGCCGGAAUACCAGUCUUUUACACCAAUUAAAAGGCGAAGAUAUAUUAAAUAUUAAAACAAAAGAACAUGAAAUAUUCUGUGAUGCUCAGGGCACCCACAACCAUCAACCAAAUGAUACAAUUUGGAUAUUUUAAGAAACUUUUAUGUUGUUAUUUGAUAUAUAUAUUACUUUAAUCUAAAACGUUUUUUGGAUCACUGUGGUGCCCUUGCUGAAGGCCCAAAUACUAAAAUUUAGUGUACUAUAUUUUGACAAUAAAAUUAUAAGCAACCAAAAAAGAAUUAAUAAAGUUAAUUAUCAGAA